AUGCUCAAGCCCAGAGACCCCGGAGGUUCGUCCUUCCUGAAAGUGGACCCAGCCUACUUGCAGCACUGGCAGCAACUCUUCCCGCAGAGUGCUCCGCUCAAGGGCGGCGGCAGCGGCGUCUUGGGCCAGCCGCAGCCUUUGCCCCUGCCGCCGCCCGUGCCUGAGCGCGCUGAGCCCGUGGCCGACAGCUUCCGCCCGCGCCCUGCCUCCCUGUCCUCUUCGGCCUCCUCCGCCUCCUCCACUCCCGCUUCUUCGACCACCUCUACCGCAGCCUCGGCUUCUUCUUCGUGCGCCGCCGCUUCCGCGGCUACGGCCGCCUCCUUGGCCGGCCUGGCCGCCCUGCCCGUGGCCCAGCUCCCUGUCUUCGCGCCGCUCUCCAGUUCCGAGGUGCUGCCCUCGGGAGCUCUGCAGGGCAAGGACUUGUGCGUCGGCUCGUGCUCGGGCUCCGGCUCCAAGUGUAGCAGCGGGGCCGCCGCCUGCGACAGGGGAGUCCCUCGAUUUCGCUGCACAGCCGAGGAGCUGGACUAUUACCUGUAUGGACAGCAGCGCAUGGAGAUCAUACCCCUCAACCAACACACCAGCGACCCCAAUAACCGUUGCGACAUGUGCGCUGACAACCGUAAUGGCGAAUGCCCUAUGCACGGCCCCCUGCACUCCCUUCGCCGGCUGGUGGGUACCAGUAGCACGGCCGCCGCCGCGCCACCGCCAGAGAUGCCCGAGUGGCUUCGAGACUUGCCUCGGGAAGUGUGUCUGUGCACCAGCACCGUUCCAGGCCUGGCGUAUGGUAUCUGCGCUGCACAGAGGAUCCAGCAGGGUACCUGGAUCGGACCGUUUCAGGGAGUGCUUCUCCCCCCAGAGAAGGUGCAGGCAGGGGCUGUCAGAAACACCCAGCAUCUCUGGGAGAUAUAUGAUCAAGAUGGGACACUACAGCACUUUAUUGAUGGUGGGGAACCUAGUAAGUCAAGCUGGAUGAGAUAUAUUCGAUGUGCUAGGCACUGCGGGGAACAGAAUCUAACAGUAGUACAGUACAGGUCAAAUAUAUUCUACCGAGCCUGUAUCGAUAUCCCCAGGGGCACUGAGCUUCUGGUAUGGUACAAUGACAGCUACACAUCCUUCUUUGGGAUCCCUUUACAGUGCAUUGCCCAGGAUGAAAACUGUAAGAAUUUAUUUCAGAAUGUCCCUUCAACUGUAAUGGAAGCCAUGUGCAGACAAGGACACCCUGCAGUCGCUUUAACAAAGCAGCAAGCUCUCUCCUGCCACAACCCACAGCGUUCUGUAGUUUUCCCACAGACUCCAUGUAGUCGGAAUUUCUCUCCUGAUAAGGCAGGACCCAUCGAGUCAGGAUUUAACCAAAUCAAUGUAAAAAACCGCGCAGUCCUUGCAAGCCCAACUUCAACCAGCCAACUCAACUCCGAGUUUAGCGACUGGCACCUUUGGAAAAGUGGGCAAUGCUUUAAAGACAUUACUCAGAGGAUCCUUUUACAGCUGCACGUCUGCACCCAGACACCCCGCAGACCCUACCAGUGUGGUCACUGCUCCCAGUCCUUCUCCCAGCCUUCUGAACUGAGGAACCAUGUGGUUACCCACUCCAGUGACAGACCUUUCAAGUGUGGCUAUUGUGGUCGUGCCUUUGCUGGGGCUACUACCCUCAACAACCAUAUCAGAACUCAUACUGGAGAAAAACCCUUCAAGUGCGAGAGGUGUGAGAGGAGCUUCACGCAGGCCACCCAGCUGAGUCGACACCAACGGAUGCCCAAUGAGUGCAAGCCAAUAACAGAGAGCCCAGAAUCAAUUGAAGUGGAUUAA